AUGGAGGAAGGAAGAGGCGACAGCUUCGACGGUGUGAGCACCGACCGCCUGAAAAUGGAGUUACUGGAGGAAAUCCAUUUGAAGGAUAUAGUGCAACUAUCAAUGCUUGAAAUAAGACACAAGAUAGCGGAACUGGAAGCCAAACUCAAUUCUGAUGAUGAAGGUGGUGAAUGGAAAGUUCGUUAUGAGACACAACUUGAACUGAAUGAUCAACUAGAAAAGCAAAUUGUUUCUCUAGAAGAGAAAAUGGAAAAAAUCCGUGGAAAUCCUUCAGGUAGAUUGUCUUCUAUCUGUGUCUAUGAACAAAUGCCAGUGGCUUACCACAAGACCAACAAUGAGCACCGUAGAUACCUAGCUGAAAUGUCUCGGGUCUCUGACUCAUACCAAGUUUCUAAAAGGCAACAGAUGGAUCAGCUGCCUAGAAUGAAAGAGAAUCUAGUGAAAAUGAGAAGAUAUAAUCCAGUUAAUCAGAAGACAAUGAAUGCCAAGAGAGGACCAGUAAAAAAGAUUACGAGAUCAACCCAUCUUCCAAAACUCAAUCUAUAA